AUGGACGCCCUCCGCACCACCAUCCAACCCCUCACCCACUCCCUUCCUGCCCCCAUCCGCGACUUCGGCGUCUCCCUCAUCGGGCCCGACUGCUACCAAAACCUCAUCCUCGACAUCGACCUCACUUCCACACAAUGCCUGAAGCUCGCCGUGUCCAAAGCUCUCGGGAUCGCCACGGUCGCCGGCUCCUCCGUCGUCAAGGUCCCUCAGAUCAUCAAACUCCUGUCCUCACAAUCCGGAGCCGGGAUCUCGUUCCUCUCCUACGCCCUCGAGACCUCAGCGCUGUUGACGACCUUGGCCUAUAGCGCGCGCAAUGGGUUUCCGUUCAAUACGUACGGGGAAACGGCGAUGAUCGCUGCGCAGAACGUCGUAAUCAGUCUAUUGGUGCUGCGGUAUACGGGCCAAACGGUUCUGGCGGCCGUCUUCGUGGCUGCUCUGGCUUCGGCGGGUUAUUCGCUGUUCAAUGAGGGCGUGAUCGACAUGCAGACGUUGACAUAUGCACAAAUGGGAGCGGGCCUGUUGGGGGUAGCAUCAAAGCUGCCGCAGGUCUGGACCAUCUAUAGUGAGGGGGGGACUGGGCAGUUGAGCGCUUUUAUGGUCUUUAACUACCUCUUUGGAAGUUUGACGAGGAUAUAUACCACGUUGCAGGAGGUGGAUGAUAGGCUGAUUCUUUAUGGAUUCGUUGGAGGCUUCGUGCUCAAUCUAGUCUUGGCUGCUCAGAUGGUAUACUAUUGGAACAGUCCAGCCACAGCAUCGCAUGCAGGAGAGAUUGGCCAGAAACCAGCCGACAUCGUUAAGGGCUCCAGCACCAGAGCCUCGACCAAAGGGAAGGGACCAACGACCCGCCGCAGAGGAUAG